UGAUUAGUAUUAGUAUGUUUGCUUGCAUCCAGAUUCACAACAUAUGUUGAAUUUAGGUCCUUUGAGAUAUAAUUGCAAGUUGCUUCAAUUACAUUUUAUAUUGUUAUUGUUAUUACGAGAUUAUAUGUUUUCUCCUAUAUUGAUUGAUAUUUUAGUUGUUAGUUUCAUUGUUGGGUAUAUGGCUUGAUUGAAGGUUUAUGAAAGAAUCCUACAUCCAUAUGAUAUGACAAGAUGAUCAAGAGAAUAGUUGAAUGGUUGUUCCAGAUGCUCAUAAGAAAGAGGUAAGAUGAAGGGAGGUUACAAAGGGAGAUAGCGCUAACACAAAUUGUUACAGAACAAUGAGAUAAUUUUGAGGAUUAUAUUUAGUUUUAUUAUAGUGUGUAUUAUUUCUUUGAUUUUCCUUUCCAUUACUUAAUUUCAUUUUAUUAUUACUACUAAGUGCAAGAAUUAUAACUAUAGAGGACAUUAAGAGCAUACCAUUAGCCUAUUGUUACUCCUACCGUCAUGAUAGAGAUUGUAUGGGAACUAGGCCUUGAAUCUUUUCUAGGCAUGUGAUCUAUUUGUAAUCUUUUUAGAUAUGAUUUGUAGCAUACUUCUCUUUUUAUAUGUUGCUUUCCCUACAAUGUUUUUGGGGAUAAUUUUAGUGAAAAAAAUGAAAGCAAAGUGCUUGCACAUUGAAAAACUUGUGUAAAUUACGGCAUAGUUUUUUAAAUAGGUGAAGUAGUGUAAACCAAAUGAAUUAAAACAAGAGACAUAUUAGUUUUGUGUUGUAUAUAUAAUUUUUUCAAAAAAUUGGUAUAAAAAGAUGUCAAAAAGCUUUGAUUUUUGAAAAAAGACAUUAGUUUCUCAUUAUUAUCAUACAAAUGUUAUUUUAUGACAAUAUAAAUUUGAAGGUAAUCGGAAAUCUCCUAAUAUUGGGUUCCAUUCAUUAAGUUUUUCUUGGUUCAAGAGAUUUCAUUUUGCCAACAACUUAUAUUUAUCAGAUAACAUUUACUCUUCACACAAACUUGCAACAUAUAUCCACAUGAGCUUAUGAACAAUGUUGAUAGUUAUCUAACAAAAUUUUAAGGGUAACUACAAAAUACGUCAUCUAAAUGGAGAGGAAAAACAAAAUGGACCAAACAUUAAUUUACCAAUAAUAUUAGAGCAUGAAUUUCAUAUCACAAGGAAAUGGAGUAAUAUUUCUCACUUAAUUAGACUAACUACAAUUUAGUAAUUCUAACUUCUAUGUAUUAACGAUUCACGACUUAAGAAUUCCAAUUUUAAUGAUAAAAUAGUUCAAUCUCAUCUAACUCACGGAGACUGUAUGAUUUUGUGUAGACUUUAUCAUACGCUCUAUGUUUUGUGUAUCCAUUCAAGAUUACAUUAGUUUUUUAUGAAAUUUAUAAUUUCAUAAUUGUUUACGUGGAAAUUUGGUAAACAACCGCUAGUUUAAGUAUUUAAACUCGCUAGACCAACUAGUAAAUCUCAGGACAAUUUUGUGUUUUGUUUACUUAGAAAAAUUGUUCGAAUGUUCGUUUUAAAAGAAAAACAAACACUUAAGAGUUAAAUCUUUUGCAAACAAUAAGAAAGAAUGCUAGUUCGAAUCGUCUCGAAACAUCAAUUUCAUAAAUAAACAUUAAAUAAAGCUAAAGAACAUUGCUGGAAAGUAAAUUGCAUUGAAAUGUAAAGCAGUUACAAGUAAAUGGUUCACAAAACAUACAUUUCUCCUCAGAUAUUCCUUUCGUUCGAACGCUGAGUACUUAGAAUUUUCAGAGAGAGUUUUGUAUAAAAUUUUGUGACCCUUGUUCUGAAUGAAAAACUGCUAUAAAUACUAAAGUGAAGUGGUAACUGCUUCUUGAUCAUCUGGACGUCCUUCGAUCGGCCACGUCGACCCACAUUCUCCACUUUCAAUCUUCACUCCUUCAGCGCGCGCCAAUGCUUAUUGGGCCGUUGCUGUUUCUUUUGGGCCUGACCCAGCUAGCCCUUCGACUCGAUCUGUGCUUUCGACAGGUUCUUGACAAAACUAAACCCAAACGUACCUUUCAAAGUCUUCGAAACCCUCUUCCGUUUCAACAUGAUUGAUACUUCGACACAACAUUUGAAAGUUUUACUUUAACAAUAUAACCUUCAAAUAAAUGUUGGACCUACCAAUUAUAUUUCAUUGAUAAGUACCAAAUUUAUAUCCAACAAAUUGCCCCCCAAAAAUGCCACUUUCGACUGUGUCUAUCGAAGGAGGAAGUAGCAUUUUUGAAAGUACUAAUGGAUAUCUUCAUUUUUUUUUCAAUUAUUUCUCCUAUCGUUUGGGCUGAUAUCCAAAAUUUUGGAUUGGCUCCAAAAUUUGUUUCUUUUUCCACUUGUCAAGGGAUUUGGACACUUGUCUGCGCAAGAAGUUGAAGAAGUUGUUAUAUUCCUUUUUGGAUUAUUUUAAUCCUACGAUCACACGCCUCUAUAAAUAGCCAAAUCCUCUCUUCGUUGUUCUUUUUCCACACUCUUUCUUUCAACUGUUCAUCUUCUUCCUUAACAUCUGAGAAUUCUUCGCCGAAUCUCUUGCUUCCAAACACCUUCAACUUUGAAACUUUACUUAUCAUCACAUCGCCAGCCUUUUCUUUUCUCAGCUUCUUUCUAAACUGUUCCAAACAACCCGCGAUUCCCAAUCUCAACCCUAAUCGUCGCUUUUCCGCAAAGUUCUUGAACUUCAACAAUGGCGUCAAGUUCAAACGUUGGAAAAUUACUUCCCUACGCCGGCAAGUGGACCACUACCACACUUUCUUCUUAUGAAGAAGAUGUUGUUCCAGAACCCUCGCUGCGAACUGACUUACAAAAGGUUUGGGAAAGCCAGGUAAUCUUCCCUUAUUCCAUUGAUAAUCUGGUGCAUGCAUUUGGGGGACCUAAACCAGAUGACAUAAAUCGUAAUCCUAACACCAUACCCAUUUUUCCUGUUUACAAGCUCUGUACUCUUAGGGUCUUUCUUAGUGAACCCUAUAACUUCAGUUACAUUAAAGCGCCUAAUAGGGUGUUUCGAUCAACUCCUUCUUUAAAUGACCAAUACCUUAAUUGGUUAGAUAGAAUAAAAUAGGACAAGGCUGAUAUUUGGCAAGCGUGUGGUAUUUAUGACCUUAUUCAACUCUCUAGGACAGGUCUUAAAUAUCAACAAGAAAUGAUUAUUGCUGCUUUACAUUUCUUUGAAUCUUCCACCAACACUUUCCACUUCGAAUGUGGCAUGAUGACCCCUACACUACUUGAUGUUGCUGCUAUUACUGGUUUAUCACCCCUUGGGGACACUUAUGAUCCCUCUAAAGCUUCUGACACCAUCAAGUUUGAUUUUCGAAACAAAUCUUACUCCAAAUAUAUCCUUGAGAAUUGAAAGACUGAUAAUGAGGUAAGUGCUGAGGAACAUGUUGCUUUUUUAACCCUCUGGCUAUCUCAGUAUGUUUUCUACACUCAAUCUCUCCAAGUGGCCAAAAAAUUCAUUCCUAUGGCCAUUCAGCUGCAUGAAUGUCAGCAAUUUAGUUUUGCUCGACUUAUUCUUGGAUGUCUUUAUGAAUCCAUGAGAGAUGCUUGUGAGCAUCUUAAGAAGACAGGUGACAGAUCCACCUUCUUAGGAGCUGACCCUUUCUGGUUGCUGCAAUUAUGGCUGAAUGCCACAUUUCAUGCAGAACUUGACCUUUUCUUGCCUGAGCCAUUUUAUGAGGAAUCGCUCGCGCGCCAAGUCGAAGGCACAAGGCUAGCAAGGCUGGUUCCUAGGGAGAGAGGCCUUGCUUAUGAUGUGGCCUUCCAACAAUACUUCAAUGCCUUCCUCAACUUGAAAAAGUUCAAGCCGAGUUUUGCUCCCUUCGUGGACAGGCCACUUGGCCCUCCUUGGUUUACUCAACAUUUUCCUUCUCCACCAGAUCUCGAGGAGGUGGUCGACAACAUUUGGAGUGCCUAUUUGAUGCCCACAGUUUUAUCUUGUCGAAUUGGGUUGACAUCUGGAGAUUUUGGGCUGGUUGGCUACUUCCCAAACUUGGUGUCUCGCCAAUUUGGAUUAACCCAAAUACUCCCAAAGAACAUAUACUUGGAGGAAAGGGAAAUUUGCUUAGGCAAAUAUAGCAUGACGGAGCCACAGUUCCGUACAUUUUUGAACCAUUUCAGCAAACCUUCCUAUGAGCUUACUCCAUUCGAGUUUGCUCCUUCUCAUGCCUGCAACAGGGAAUUCUUUAAAUGGUGGUCUCUCCACUACGAGGGACGCCUGGUCAAUAGGGCUGCCUUGCUCACUGCUAUUUCUGAUGGAUUCGACUCAUUCAUUGUAACACUCCAACUAAAUUGUCUAGAAUAUUUAGUCGAGAUAUUAAUAAUUGAAUCUGAGUACAUUAAAAUUACAGAAUAA